UGGGGUAGAGAUAGCUAGAUGUGCAACCUCAGGUCACCUCAAGCAUGCUAAAGAAGCCCUUGUCAGGGCCCUGUCAGUCUGUCUAGUCAGCCAAGCGAGCAAGAGGGCUUUUUGCAGAGACCAUAUAGUCUGCGGGCAGGUAUGAAGUAUCCGCCAACGUCUCUCUCCAAAUCCCUGCUGGACAUGGAGGUGGCCAAUUACUCAGAGGGUCUGGAUCCCACAUACAGCACGCUGGGCUUUGAGAACGCAGAGGUGCUCUAUGGAGGGGACAUCAUGCCGGCCGAUCCCAAUAUGAACCCGGGGGAUAAUGGGCUGAACUCCAACUGUGCCAUCUGCGGGGACAAGGCCACUGGCAAACACUACGGGGCGUCCAGCUGCGACGGCUGCAAAGGGUUCUUCAGGCGCAGCAUACGCAAGAGCCACGUCUACUCCUGCAGGUUCAAUCGCCAAUGUGUUGUCGAUAAAGAUAAGAGGAAUCAGUGUCGCUUUUGCCGCCUACACAAAUGCUUCCGAGCAGGAAUGAAGAAAGAAGCGGUACAGAAUGAAAGGGACCGCAUCAGCUCGAGAAGAAGUCUACCAGAGAGCAGUGAUCUGCCGCCCAUCACUUUACUAGCUCAAGCAGAAUCCCUUUCACAGCAGAUCAGCGGCAUCAACCCCACAGUGCCCCCCGAUGUCUCAGAGAAGAAGUCGGCCACCAUCGCAGACGUCUGUGAGUCUAUGAAGCAGCAGCUGCUCGUUCUGGUAGAAUGGGCUAAAUACAUCCCGGCCUUCAGCGAAUUGCCACUUGAUGACCAGGUGAGUCUUCUAAGGGCGCAUGCUGGAGAACACCUUUUGCUUGGCGUUGCCAAAAGGUCGAUACCUUACAAAGACGUCCUGCUCCUUGGUAAUGGCUGUGUAAUCCAGCGGAACUGUCCGGAGCCGGAGAUCAAUCGGGUUGCCAACCGUGUCCUGGACGAAUUAGUCCUGGCCUUCCAGGAUAUCCAGAUCGAUGACAAUGAAUAUGCCGCACUAAAGGCCAUUGUUUUCUUUGACCCAGACGCCAAGAGCCUGCGCGACCCGUCCAAGAUCAAGACCAUGCGCUUCCAGGUGCAGAUGAGCCUGGAGGACUACAUCAACGAUCGGCAGUACGACUCGCGCGGUCGCUUCGGGGAGCUGCUGCUCCUGCUGCCCACCCUGCAGAGCAUCACCUGGCAGAUGAUCGAGCAGCUGCAGUUCAUCAAGCUCUUCGGCCUGGCCAAGAUAGACAACCUACUGCAGGAGAUGCUGCUGGGAGGCUUAACAGCAGAGCAGCCCCACCUGCAUCCCACAGGCCAUCCACAGCUGACUCAGGACCCCCACACGGGACACACGCUGGUCAUCAGCUCCAUAGGCUCCAUACCCACCCCCGUCCACAUACAGCCCAUCACUUCGCCAGAGACGCCUAUCCCCUCUCCUCCCCAGCAGAUGCCCAGUCAGGAGGUUUACAAGGCAGCAUCAAGCCCCUCAGUCAUCCUGCUGCCUGCUUCCGAACACAUGAACAGACAAUCACCAGAUGCCUCUCUCUGAAGAAUCACCUUUCUUUCCUUCUUUCCCUCUUUCUUUCUUUUUUUCUAUCUUUCUUUCAAGCUAUUUUUAGACAAGCAGAUAUUAUGUUUUCAAAUGUGUAUAUUUUGUUUAGAAAGUGAUUUUAGUUUUCAUUGGGCCCUGUAGUCUCAUGCUGAUGCUGGUUUGUUAAUUUAUCUAAAUGCCUCUGGGUUCUUAUAGACUACUGUAUGUAACAUUAAAUUUGUGUGACCCUGCUGAAGGUCAGUCACUUGGCUCUAACUAGAUCAGUGCGUUUCCGCUGAGCUUUGAAAGCUUCUCGAGGAAGGUUCGCAGUCAUUGCGACAGCCAUGUUUCAAAGUCUGUAGACUGUAGCCAUAAGUGUAAUGACUGACGAUAGAUUUGUAAUUUUAUCCAACUGUCAUUGGCAGUGCCUCCUUAUGUCUUUUUGUACAAAAUGCAUUCUGCUUCAUGAAAUAUUGUGUCUGUCAUUUGUAAUCUUUAUCUUUGUAUUGAGUAAUUAAGUUAUUAUAAAUGUUUAGACUGAUUUUUUUCAAUCUUAAUUUGUUGUAUAUACAUUUGUGUAUUUCUGAAUA